GGUGGGGGGUCCCUGCCAGGGACUCCCCUGGUAUGACUCCUGUGCUCCUCUGCGGCUAGUCUCGUCUCAUCAGCUGGAGCUGGACUGUGCGUCUGUCAGUCUAAGUGUGUAAGUAGCAGAGUGCGAACGAAGGUGUCCUGCAGCAGGAGCUUGAGAUCUUCCAACCUCGUCAGUGACCUCUGUCUGUAGCGAAGGACAGACUAUAGUAGUCCUAGCCCACGAAGAUACGAGGACGCUGACCAUGCUGCUGAACGCGGUGCUCGUCGCCGCCCUGCUGCUCGCCGCGGCCGCCUGCCCGUGCCCGCCCGCGCCCGCCGACUCCGAGGUGUGCGGCUCGGACCUCGUGACGUACGCCAGCCUGUGCCACCUGCUGCAGUGCGCCGCCGUGCCCGGCCUCUCCCUGGAGCACCCCGGGCCGUGCUCGGCCGAGAACGCCGUCAGCGCCGACCAGCCGUCCGGCAGCCGCGCCCACCACAGGAGCCGGCGUUCGGCCACCGAGGAGACGCAGAGGCUGGACGAGUGCGAGGAGGAACGCCAGUGCGGGAAUGCGACGUGCAGCGAGUGCGUCGCGGGCGACGCGGACUGCGCGAACAUGUGCGAGCGGAACUGCCGGUGUGGCUGCGCCGGGUACCCGCCUGGCAGCCUGAUGGACGACAACCUGAGGACCGCGAUCGAGGAGGAGAUGCAAUGCUGGAGCACACGGAUGGGGUGUACGGGCUUUCUUUGCGGAUUUUUCCAGUCGUGUGUGGACAGAUGCAAUCUGGACUACCGCAAGUGCCUUUGUGAGUCCGUGCAGCGGGCCGGCAACCGGAGCAGCGCGGCCACCAGCACCACGACCACGACCACAACCACCAGCACCACCACCAACGACACCAGCACCACCACGGCCGACGAUACCAGCACUACUACCACCAGCAGCCCCACCAGUAGCAGCAGCAGCACCACCAGCACCGAGGAGCCUGCUCUGCCGUGCGUCCCCGUGGUCUUGGAGUACGUGCUCGUGUUCGCGAGCGCCUGCGUGUGCGUGAGCGCGAGCGUUUGGGUGCUGGCGCGGGCCUGCCGCUCUUGUCUGGUGUCGCCGCCCGAGCCAGCGCGUGGCGUCGCCGAGCUCGCGCCUGUCAGACAGCCGAGGAUGGGGAGCGAAAACAAACUUUAUGUUUACCUUGUACAGCCGAGGAUAGAGAACGAAAACAAACUACAUAUUUAAUAUCAUUUCAGA